ACACACAGAGCGAGGCAGCAGCUAGCGCCGCACGCGCCGCCUCACGCACACGGCGUACACACGGCACGGCCAGGCCUCAGACAGCAGGGCGGCGCGGCAGUGGCGGCUGCAGUUCGCGGAGGUUUCCACAGCGCACUCGCGUCCACUGACGGGCCCCAGCCUGCACUCCAGACGCCUGCCGGCAGCUCACUCCUCUGCCAGCAGCCACGCAGACUCGGCCGCGCCGCGCUCUAGGACGAUAAGCCGCCACCGCCGCCCCUGCCUCCGUUUCCAGCGCCUGCCCCUGGUCGUCUUACAGGAGCUGCGGCCCGUCCGGUUGUGGCCUCUGCUGGCGCCACUGUGUGUCCUUCGAGCAGCCGCCCGCCUCCGCCCCCGCCCCCGCCUCUGCCUCUGCCUCUGCCUCACUGCGACACGUCGCGGCGCAGCGCCGACCUCCACGCCGAACUGGAGGAUCAACUGGCUCGUGUGCUGGAGAAAAACACUGAGCUAACAAUCCAGAACACUGAUUUGCAGAAGCAAGUGCAGCACUUGCAGAAUGUGAAUGCCAGCGAUGGUCGCAGCCUCCCAGGUCUGGCCUCGGCCAGCAAGCCUGGGGACACUCUGGAGUCUAUUCUUAAGCAAAUGCGAGAAGCAGCUGACAAACGCAAGGAACUCGAAAGAGAACAUGCUGAGGCCCUCACACAGCUCCGAGAGAAACAGAAUGAAGCACAGAGGCUCACGAAACAGAGGGAUGCAUCUUCCAGAGAAAAAAGCAAGUCGUAUGAGACUAUUGAAGCUCUGCAGUCAAAAAUCCGUGAACUGGAAAAGAAAACGGAGCUUCAGAAUGUCCGCCAUGAAGAGCUUCUCCUUGAAAUGGCAAGCAUCAAACGCUCAGCACAAAGUGCUAACACAGCACUGGCAGCAGCUGCUGCUGCUGCCGCUGUCAACCACAACUCUCCUGAGUCAGGGCAUUCAACACCAGACUCUGCAAGGGUUGAUGGCGGAGGGAGUGCGGGUCCAAAUCGCCCAGCAGUCAUGACGUCAUCUGCACUUGACAACCUUGGUGACAUGCACCAAACCACCUCACGAGUAUUGCCACAUGGUCGCUCAUCUAGUCAACCUGGUUGUGGAGUAGCAGGCUUCCCUAGCGGCAUUCAGCAGGCGAACAGCCUCCCUUCCUCCUACCCUCCAUCAGGCUUCACUGCUACUGCUGGGGGGUACCGCUACGCCGUCCCGCCCGGUGAGCACGGAAAUCCAGCUCCAGUGCCAGCAGGCUUUGUAGAUAGCUGCAGCUCUACUGGCUACCGCAUGCAGUCGCAGAUGUUGCCCCCUACUGCUGGCUCGGGCCAGCUAUGGAAGGCUCCUUCGAUGUCGGAUCUGGCGGCGUUCAGUAGAAGUGGUGCUAAUUGUCGUGGUCCCCUUCCUCCCUCAUCCCUGCCUCUCCCUCUGACGGCUGCAGCCGACGCUCCAGGAUCGGGCACACACGCACAAGCUGGGUCCGGUCCAUCUUUGGGCCAUCACACAUCGCACCCCUCGCCUCAGCAGCAACAACCUGGGACAGCCACCUCCUCAGAAAUUGACCGCAUCAUGGCCAAGAUUGAGCAGGAUAAUCGGAUUCUUGCUGAACUAGACAAGACACGAUCCACCAUAGGCCUGUCAAGCAAUUCAAGUAGCACAACAGCUGGAGGAAGUGUAUGUGCAGCCGGGAAUGUCACCAGUGGCACUACAGUGCCCCUAGCCACACAAGCUGGGCAUGGUGAACAGAAUACACUUGCGUACGUCGGGGUGCCCAGUGCACAACCAUAUCAGGCACUGCCGGCUCCUCUGGGUACCCAGCCGCAAUAUGUAAUGCCUGUGCUAGCGCCAGCUGCUCCACCAGGACCCCAGCAGCAGACCUACGUGCCAACACACACAGCACGGCUUAUGCCGCAGAUACCGACAGCGGCAGCUGCUGCUACUGCAGGUGCAGCUGCUGGUAUACCUGGAAUACUAACAACACCGUAUGAUCUAGACAGUAGAGGUGGUUACCUAAAUGGGAAUCUUCCACCUGGAGUGUAUUCUACAUUUCCAGGAACUGAACAACAAAUGAUUACAGACAGCAAAGUUGUUGACAUGUUGGACAUUCCUGGUAAAGGUCGCUGUUAUGUAUACAUUGCAAGGUACUCAUAUGAUCCAUUUCAACAAUCUCCAAAUGAAAAUCCUGAAGCUGAGUUGCCAGUCAAUGCAGGAGAUUACUUGCUGGUUUGGGGUACUAUGGAUGAGGAUGGUUUUUUUGAUGGAGAGCUCCUGGAUGGUCGUCGAGGUUUGGUUCCUUCCAAUUUCAUCCAAAAAUUAGUUGGAGAGGACCUUCUGGAAUUUCACCAAGCUGUUGUCCAAGGACUGAGGGACUGUGAUGAUAGUGCUUCCACCAAUGUUGGUCAAGAAUUGGAGUUUUCAGGACAUGAAAUAAUGCCCCUCGAUGAAGGCGUUUACGGGAAGCAGCGGCUGUCGCAACAAGAGUACGCUUAUGCUGAGCUAGAUGACAUUCUGGAAGAAGAAGAUGAGGAACAAAUGGGAGAAGGUCCAGCCCUGUUCUUCUCGGUGCUAGUCCCAGCCCCCAAGCAGCUCACGCUGGAGCGACAGCUGAACAAGAGCGUGCUCAUCGGCUGGAAUCCUCCAGACAAUUGCCCACCAUCUGCUAUAGAGAGCUACCACGUCUACGUUGAUGGUGUUCUCAAGACCACAGUUAAGGCAACAGAGCGGACACGGGCACUCGUCGAGGGAGUUGACUCCACCAGGCCUCAUCGCAUCAGUGUUCGUUCAGUCACACCAAAUCGCCGUACUUCACGGGAUGCAGCAUGUACAAUGGUCAUAGGGAAAGAUGUACCUCUUGGUCCAACUAGUGUGCGUGCAAGCCGGGUCACCAGUUCAUCAGCUGUCAUCUCCUGGCUACCUAGCAACAGUAAUUAUCAACAUGUUGUAUGUGUCAACAAUGUGGAGGUUCGCACAGUAAAACCUGGAGUUUACCGGCACACAAUUACUGGCUUGGCUCCCAACACAGUUUACCGAGUGACAGUGAGGGCAAAAAACAUAAGAGCUCCACACUUUGAUGAGAAGAAUACUCAGCAAAUGGAACGGCUGUCUGCACACAUUGAUUUUCGCACACUACCAAAAGGUCUGCCCGACCCUCCGGUUGACAUCCAAGUGGAGCCAGGCCCUCAGGAUGGAACCCUGCUAGUCACCUGGCUCCCUGUUACGAUCAACACAACAGCUCCGGUCACAGGCUAUGCAGUCUAUGCCGAUGGCAAGAAGGUCACUGAUGUUGACAGCCCAACAGGGGAUCAUGCCUUAAUAGAUGUAAAUAAGCUGCUUGGAUUAAACCCAAAGCAAGUGACUGUACGGACAAAAUCUCGAGACAGCCAGUCAACUGACAGUGUUCCCACUCCCAUACCCUCCAGUGCUCUGAAGGGCAAAACAGCAAAGGAGUCUGCUGCACUGGAUAGUGCGAAAGCAGAUAGAGACCGUCGUCAAAGAGAACGCUAUGGCUCUGCAGUACCACCACAUAUGAGGCAUCAUCAGCAGUCUUCGGGACACAGGCAAAUGAGGAUUGAUUCACAUGGACAAGUUGUAAUAGAACCUGAGGAGAAUCUUAGUGAUAAAGAGAUCUACCCAGCAAACAACAUGAACAUACCCUUAAUAGAGAUCACUAAGGAUUCUGCAAGUGAGGGUAACUUCAGUGAGGACGACUACCUUGCAGACCGACGGGGUCCACCCCCACGGGGCCACCACGGGCCAGUUGGUGCUACUGGACACUACGACCCAAGAGGUGUGCCUCGCAGCCAUGCCGAGAGGGGCCGCCCUCCACUGCUGCCACAUGAGAGAGGGGCACAGCGAGGUCCAGAUCCACAUCAGCCCCCUCGGGGCAGGGACCGUAUGGAUGAGAGGGACCAAUACUACAUGGAUGGUGUAAUGCGUGGCGAUCCAAGAGCUCGGCAUGCAGGCCACCCAGCCUACAGAGGACCCCCUCCUCCAGGGGGACGGGGUCCUCCACCUCCUCGUGACAAGCGCACACGCUGGUUUGUUGCGCUCUUUGAUUAUGACCCAACAACCAUGUCUCCUAAUCCUGACGCAUGUGAAGAAGAGCUGCCCUUCUCUGAAGGAGACACGAUAAAGGUCUAUGGUGAAAAGGAUGCUGAUGGUUUCUACUGGGGUGAAUGCAGAGGUAGAAGGGGAUACGUGCCGCAUAACAUGGUUGUGGAGGUGCAGGAUAUGCCAAAAAAUAGUAUAGAACCUGUAAGGGGACAACAUCCUCAUCCUUCACAUGGACCUCCUCAUUCUCGUGAUCGAUGGGGAGAUAUAUAUGCCAACAUGCCAGUCAAAAAGAUGAUUGCACUUUAUGAUUAUGAUCCUCAGGAACUGUCACCAAAUGUUGAUGCCGAGGUGGAACUGUCCUUCAACACGGGUAACAUCAUCUACGUUUAUGGGGAAAUGGAUGAUGAUGGGUUCUACAUGGGAGAGCUUGAUGGUGUUCGUGGGCUGGUGCCAUCUAACUUCCUGACAGAGGCACCAGCUGACUAUGAAGAUGGCAGUGGGCCACCUCGGCAGCAGCGGCUGCCCCCUCAGGAUCAUCGUGGGAGCCGACCUGUUGUGGGGCAUGGUCCUGGUGCCAGGGGCCCUCCCCCACCACCCCGUGAUGCUCGUGACCGCAGGAAAGCAGGGUCAGAGGUCGAGAGGCGGCCCACUACCACCCCACGGUCGGAGAGGUGGUAGGGGGGGCGGAGACUGGGGCCCGCGCGGCCCCCCAGAGGAGGGGCACCACCAGUCACCGCAGCGGCCACAGCGCGGGCAAGAG